GCGUAUAAACUGCAUAGAGCUCAAAUGCAGAUCUGGCUGGAAAGUGGCUACAGCUGCGUGACCAUUUCCACUCGGGACUGUGUACCGUCUGGCAGGGCGCUGUAAGUGGCGGAGGUUGUGUGCUUGUUGGUGCGGAUGUACACAGGCAGAGCAGUGGUGACAGGCUGCACGCAGAUCACGGGGGAGUGGGACUUGUCCGCCAGCAAAACAUGCGCAAGAAGAAGAGUUUUACUAGAGACUGUGGCCUCUGCGGAGGAAAUGGUCUGUGGACAUAGCAAGUAAUCUGUCUUCUUCAGUGUGUGGAGCCAGCCCCCACACCCAUAACCUGCCAAACCACGGCCUUUACCUGUGUCUUCCGGUGUUUCCCGUGCGAUCCUUCCUGUGGGAGCGCCUCGUGGGCCACUCCAGAAUUCACUCAGCGUUCAGUGGCUCCAAUGGUGAAAAUGACGAGGUCCAAAACGUUUCAGGCCUACCUGCCAUCCUGCCACAGAACAUACAGCUGCAUUCAUUGCAGAGCUCACCUGGCAAAUCACGAUGAGCUCAUAUCAAAGUCAUUUCAAGGAAGUCAGGGUCGAGCUUAUCUAUUCAAUUCUGUUGUUAAUGUUGGUUGCGGACCUGCAGAAGAGCGUGUGUUACUUACAGGACUUCAUGCUGUAGCAGACAUCUACUGUGAAAAUUGCAAAACAACAUUGGGCUGGAAAUAUGAACAUGCAUUUGAAAGCAGCCAGAAGUAUAAAGAAGGAAAAUACAUCAUUGAAUUAGCUCACAUGAUCAAGGAUAAUGGCUGGGAUUGAAGAGAUGAUGAGAAUUCUGAAGACCAUCCAGCUGAACAUGUUAUCCUUGGAAUGAGCGAGUAACUGAGUGCUUGGUUUCAUAUGAUUCAGAGGCUGUGCCGCAUGGAGCAUCCUCUCACCCUAAUCCAUCAUUCUUGGUGAAUGGCCUCUAAAUUUCUGACACUCUGUCUCUUUGCUUUGUAUCCCUUUUGUGAGUUGCCCUCGGCCUCAUGCUCUUUUUAUAGAGUUGGCUAAAGAAAGCAUCAGGAGCCUCAUAGCCCAGUCACUUCUUUUACUGUUCAAGUUGAUUUAGCUGUGUGCAACAUGAUGUACGAAAAGCGGCACAUCAGGGGUCACGUUGUAGAGCAGGAAGGAGGUGUAGUAAAUGAACAGAGGAAGGGACAUACGAGGGAGAUGAUCAGGUCCUGCCUUUAAAGGUCUGAAACCUGGCUCCUACUAAGGGGAAUACCUCACUGCUUUAUUUUGGAGAAUGUCUGGGGGGUUAAUGUAAGUAAAGUUUUGUUAGUAGCUUCUACUUUAAACCAAAAAGACCCAGAAUGGACAAGUCAUGACGCUGAAUAAAUGACUGUCCUGUUGUGGUAGUGGGUAAACUUCAACCCCUUGUCAAUCGAUCUACUAUAAUGAUGUGUUUCUUGAAGUUUUGAUGAGGGUUCAUCUGACUUGUAUACCUAAAAAUGUAUUUACCAAGAACAUAGUAUAUCCCUAUUACACGCUGACUUCCCACUGUACUUUGCACUAUGAACCUUGUACAUACCAACAUAUGUACAGAACUUGAAUUUGAUAACAUUGUCUUUAUCUAUGCUAACACUGCGCUAAAGUGUUAGGCACAAACUAACAGGGAAGAGCUUGGUAAUGCAUCAGAUUGCCACCAUUUGUCCUAUUACAAAGCUGAACCUUAUGAUUUUGAUGAAGAAGUUAUAGAUCCCAUGUCCAAUGAUAUUGGGAAUUCUUCAGUCCUUUGUGUUCUGUAAUUUGUAUUUUUCACAUUGUAGUCCCCAUUUGGAAUCAUAAUUUGAUUUCUUGUUGUCGGGUAAAAAGUAAUUUUUUUUAAAAUUCAGAAUAUCUUGUAAGGAUUGGGCAUAUACAUUGCAUUGUUUUAAUAUAAUUUAUUGAUCGGAAAACAGAAUUGUAAAAAAAUAUAUAUUCAUCUGAAAAAAAUCUUUAUUGGAAGCUCAAUGGCUUUUCUGUCUCUGUAUGAGAGCUUUUGUAUAAAUGCUGCAUUGAAUUCUCCCACAUCCCCCAUUCAGUUUUUUUUGGGAGAGAAAGCUGUCAUUUUGAACUAUUUUUGUUUCUGCUAGUGUUCGACCUACAUACAGUAGAUAAAAAUGCCUUUACUAAAGUUUCCUGAAACGUUAUGGCUAUUAAUACUAAUACAUUUGGUACAUAUCCCUUCUUUUAUAUUUCAGUUAGAUGCACUUUUUGCAGUGGCAAUCGAGUUCAGAAGGUAAACCAAAGGAGAGAUAAUAUAUAGUUUUUGUUACCACGCUAGCUGUCAGUGUAUCAAAAUGCACUGUAUAUUAGGAACCUGCCGUGGCAGAAUUGUCACAUCUGUAUACGUACGAGCAGAUACACUUGUACAAGAUGUAUACCUUUCACUUCAUAUAAACCUUAGGCUUUAAUGUCACAUUGCUACUAUCUGUUCAAAUACUGGUAGUUGUUCUGCCGUUUUUUCUACAUAGACGACAGUGUAUUGUAAUAUUACCCACACCUGUCACUUGGUCUGAACGAUCCUUUAAAUGUUCACAGGCAAAUGGCUACUUCCCAUAAAGAGGACCUGUAACCUCUCUUGAUGUGCCUUUUUAGUAACCAUUUGCAUUCCCCAUGUAGUAACUAUUCUGGAGCACCUUCUAACUGGAUGUCAUAUAAGUCCUCUAUUAUUUCUGCUAGAAACUUAUGGAUACAGGUACAACUGAUUGUUACCAGGAUUGUGUCCCUGCAUAGUCUGACACACAUGCCCAACAGGUAACACUUAGAUGGACCUUUAUUCAUAAGCGUCUAGCAGGAACAAUAGAGGAAUGGCACAUCCUAAAGUUAGAAGGAUAAAUGCCCCACAAUUGUUAUUUACCUAAAACAGACAUGUCAGGAGUGGUGAAAGACCCUCUUUUAAGGGGUUGUCCAGCCACUGAAUUUUUUUUUUAUUACUUUUCUUUUUUUUUAAACAGUCUUGGGUGUAAAAUAUUAAAGGAUGCUUACCGGGCUCCUUGCUGGUCUCUAUCAACUAACAAGAAGUGCUCACUCAGCCAAUCAAAGGCUGCAGCGGUGGCCCAUCUCAGCCAGGGAUUGGCUGUGCAGGCAUCUCCACAUGUUUUCUGUAUGUGCACAUGGGACCAGGAAAUGGAGACCAAUGGGGACCCAAUGAGCAUUAGAAUGGGAACGAUAAGGUAAAUAUACCAAAUGAGCUGGUUUGAAAAAAAUUUCAGUGGCUGAACCCCUCCUUUUAUGACCCUAUGAACACUGAGGGUUUGUGAGCCUGGAUAAGAAUAAUAGAAUUCUUUUGCCACCAUUAUAGGGCUAAUGCACACAAAUGUGUGUGGCCCGUGCCCAUUCACUUGAAUGGGUCCACGAGCCGCAACAUUCAGUCCGCAUCACUAAAAAAUAUAAGUAUGUGUUCUAGCUUUUGCAGUGCGGAGGCACAGGCCGAAAUCCCACUGAAGUGCUUAUAUUGGCCCUCUGCUCUGCUCCGUAUCUUGAGUAUUGCGAAACCAUUUAAGUGAACGCAUGCAUGAUACGGAGCGCACACAGCCGAUGCCCGUAUAUUGCAGACCCAUUGUUUGCGGGACACAAUACAGGCACAAGCCACAUGCGUUCGAGUGCAUGAGCCCUUAAGACCAAGCCUUUUUUGAGGCAGGAAUGGUAUAGGGUGUUCCCCAGGAGUGGAAAGAUUUCUCAUGGGUUCCCUGCAGUAAUAAGAUUGGGAAUAAUUUCAUGAACCUGCCUUUAUCCAUCUUGUAUCGUAUGGCAUUGUGAGCCUAAAGUCUUGAUAAAUCAGGAAUAGGCAGUUUGGUAAUCUUGUGGCCUGAUGUCAUUGGAGCAAUAAAUAACGGCUGAGUAGUUACACCGCUUUCUCAUAGUAUUGUUACUUGACCGGUGACGCCUAUAUAUUGAAAUGCCGGGAACUUUCCAGAAACACUUGCUAACCUAUCAUUUUCGGUAGACACUAAAGGACGUGGCUGAAAUUGUUUGUUACAUGGACUGUUAACUGGAAUCUAAUUCUCAGCAGCAUCUCUUCAUAAGUUUUCAUAAAGAGUAUCACUUGGGAGUUAUAUCCGCCAAAGAAGCAAAGAUCAUAAUUGCUCCCAGUGUUCUGUGUUUUCAUACACAGACCCCCAAGGCAUUCAUUUUGCAUCUUUAGGUUCAUUUCCAUGGUGAAAAUUUUAAGGAGGUUUUCCAGGGAAAUAUUUUAUUUUAAUAUUUUUAAAGAAAACAAG